AUGUCUGACUUUUUCCACAUUCAGUACUGGAAACAACCCAAGGAGAGCCAUCAGCACAGAUCCCUGCAGUGUGGUGCAGCAGAUCAUGGUGAUGGGCGCACUGUGGCUAUCAAAAGGAUUCACACAAAGACGUUCUCUCUGUCCAAAACCAUCAGACAGGAAGUCAAGCAAGUCAGGGAGCUUGAUCACCCCAACCUGUGUAAGUUUAUCGGUGGCUGUGUUGAGGUGCCAAAUGUUGCCAUAGUGACAGAGUACUGCCCAAAAGGAAGCCUUAACGAUGUCCUUCUUAACGAGGAGAUCCCACUUAACUGGGGAUUCAGGUUUUCCUUCGCCACAGACAUCGCCAGAGGGAUGUCGUACCUGCACCAACACAAGAUCUGUCACGGCCGACUGAAUUCUCUAAACUGUGUCUUAGACGACCGCUGGGUCUGCAAAAUAACAGAUUACGGUCUGAGAACCUACCGCACGGGCGAUGGGGCGGAGCCUCUUUCCACCUAUCAGCAGAGGCUCUUGGAAGUGUACUUGCCGCCUGAGUUUCAGGACUCUAACACGGAGCCAACACUGGCAGGAGACGUGUUCAGUUAUUCCAUCAUCCUGCUGGAGAUUGCAACUCGCAGUGAUCCGGUCCCUGCAGAGGAGUCAAACCUCGAGUGUUCCUGGUGUCCUCCUCUUCCUGAAUUGAUCUCCAGUAAAGCUGACAACACCUGCCCCUGUUCCGCUGACUAUGUAGAGCUGAUUCGGCGAUGUCGCUCUCAUAACCCUACCCACAGACCUACCUUUGAACAGAUCAAGAAGUUUGUGCAUCGAAUUAACCCCAUCAAAACCAGCCCAGUGGACAUGAUGAUGAACCUGAUGGAGAAAUACAGCAAACAUCUGGAGGUGUUGGUGGCUGAGCGGACUCAGGAUCUGAUGCAUGAGAAACAGAAAACUGAUAGGCUGCUAUACAGUAUGCUUCCCAAACAGGUUGCUGAUGACCUCCGUCAGGGAAAACCCUCCCAAGCUCAGAGCUAUGUCAGUGCUACCGUCUUCUUCAGUGAUAUAGUGGGCUUCACCCAGCUGUCCAGCAGCAGCACUCCUUACCAGGUCGUGGACUUCCUUAACAAGCUCUACACAACUUUCGAUGACAUCAUUGACAAUUACGAUGUCUACAAGGUAGAAACCAUCGGAGACGCAUAUAUGGUGGUCUCUGGUGUUCCACAGGAGAACGGGAUACUCCACGCCUCAGAGAUCGCCAGCAUGGCUCUGGAUUUGGUGGGCGUCUGUCGCACCUUCAGGAUCCCCCAUAAACCCAACACUCAGCUGCAGAUACGAGCUGGGAUACACUCCGGUCCAGUGGUGGCAGGGGUGGUUGGGACAAAGAUGCCUCGUUACUGCCUGUUUGGAGAUACUGUGAACACAGCAUCGAGGAUGGAGUCAACAAGCGUUGCCCUGAAGAUCCAGUGCAGCUCCAGUGUAUUUUACCUACUGGAAGAGAUUGGUGGCUACGUGUUGGAGUGCAGAGGAACACUUCAGGUCAAGGGUAAAGGUGACAUGGUUACUUACUGGUUGGAAGGGAAGAAGACUUCUCUGGUCUCCAAGGACAUCAUUGCAGACCCGAAGACAGCCAAACUCAUCACCACGGAGACAGAAGAGGAAGCAGAGAAGAAGCAAGAGCUGUAUUCAUCAAUACCGGGGUAUCUGAAUGACGAUCUUCUCCUGGACCCGGCCUGAACC